UGCGACCACAUUCUCUUCCCCACCCUACCCCCACAAAGAGUGAGUUUUCACCCUCCUCUCUCUUUGCCCUCCCUCCCUUCAUCAGAUCCCUCUCAAAUCCGAGCAAGUUAGUUGUUUUGUUUGUGGAUUUCUACUCCUGUGUAUCCCUAGAGGGUUCAUGUGAAUUUCAUGAGCAUUAGUACUUAGUGAACCGAACAACAACUCCAGAACAUAGUGAUGCCUUCUGCCAUGGCUGCGUGCCCAAGGAAACGCCGCCACUCUAUGGUGGUACCCUACAACUCUCCAUGGGCGUCAUCACUGCAUGCCGAUUUGCUUCUGCUGGUAGCUUGGCGCCUUCUGGAUGGUGACUUGAUGGACUAUGUUCGCCUUCGAGCUGUGUGCAAAAAUUGGCGGUACGCCACUAUUUGCCCACGCGGUCGUGGCAUCACCGAUUCUCGUUUCCACCCGCGCCGUUGGAUGAUGUUGCCCGAGGGUCACGGUCUCCACCCUGGCCACUACAAGCUCGGGGGGUUUGUUCGCUUUCUCAACCUUGACACGGGGACAUUGGUCCGUGUCAAGCUCCCGUUGUUCAAGAACCACUGCAUUCUUGACUCAGUCAACGGCCUCCUCCUCCUCCAGAGGGACGAGGACUCUGCCAUUCUCCUCCUCAACCCUUUCACUAGUGACAUCACUGAGCUCCCACCACUCUCCACCCUCCUCACGCAAGUGGUGAAACAGUCUGAGAUCACAGUUGGCCUAUGCUACUGCUAUCUCCUCAAACAUGGCAUGUCUACUGCUGUCUUCUGCAACAAUGACGGUACCACCACCGUCAUGAUUAUCUUGCAUCAUUUAUCACAGUUGGCCUAUGCUACCUCCCAAGACAAGCAAUGGAUCAUGGCGAGCUGGGAUCUUCCGUUAAACAUGAAAGCUUUGUCAUGUCAAGGCAAGUUAUACUUGGUGCAGUAUCCUGCAUCUCAUGGUUCACAGGUUCUUCAGAUUGACCCACCCUUGCAGGUUGGUUCGCCGCCACCACGGCCAAAGUUAAUUGCCACAUGCCCAACAAAUAAACUUGUCUAUGGUUAUCAUCUGGUAGAAUGUGACUCGAACAUCCUUCUUGUUUGCCAUACCGAUGAUUCUCGAUCACCCAUUUUGAUUUACAACCUUGAGAAUAUUACUGCGGGAAGGUUUACCCCGGUAAGAAGCAUUGGAAAGCAUGCCCUCUUCCUCGGAGAAAGGAGUCUGAGUGUCUCCUCUAAGGCAUUGCCUACUAUCAUGGCUGAAACUGUCGUCUACAAAGAACCAAGGGAGCAUCGCUUUGUGCAAUACCACCUCGGUACUGGCAAUUGGUCUGAACCAGUUGACGAAUGUGGCAUCUAUGGAUAUAGCCCCGGUCCUCAUAGCCUCAUCCAACAUAUCAUUACUUGUUGCAUUCGUCGUGCUUGGAACAAAGGGUUGAUAUAUUCUGAAGCGGAAGCGUAUAAGCCUGGAUGGCUCACCUGGAAGGUUAAGAGAAAGUUUCGCCAUUGGUCUUAAAGUGAUGCAAAAGCAUGUCAAUGGAUUUCAAUUCUCCUGGGUUUUACACAGAUGAAUGAACAAGAGAGGAGAGCUUAGUUAUUUUAAAAAUACCUUUGUCACCGUUUCCUUGUUACAACAACUCAUUCCCGCGGUGCCUAUCGUUACUUUGAGACAAAUAAAUGAACUUUGAUACUUGUAGCCAUGUAGCGCACAAACAAACUGUGCACUCAUGAAAGAUAUAAGUACAUUGCUUGCUAUAUAUGAAUAUCCUACAUGAUCAUGAAGUGUAUUAUUGGACAUGGGGAAU